UUGACUUCCGGCGGCGGAGUCUUGGUUUCCGCUGCUAAUUGGAGACAGGAGUGCUCCAUUCUCGGCGCCUUCUUCCUCUCCUCCGGUGUAGAUAAUAAUUCAAGGUUGGCUUCUCAUUUCUGCGAUGGGAUGGUUUUGAAUCAUCGAUUUCAAGGUUCUAAAUUGAUGCACUCCGACUGUUCGACGAAAUGCCCCACAAGAGCACUGCUUAGGGACCUUGGUAAUUUCUUCUUGCCCUUUGUCUCUUUCGACUGUUCAAGUUCUCGAUAUAUUAGGUUUGGGGCUCUCCCGUUUCAGAUCGGCACUGGUGACAUUGAGCAUGAAGAGGUAUAAGUGCGUUACUUGCUAGUUGCUAUGUUGUUGGAUGUGGGAAUGGAAUGGGCCAAUUUUUAUGCAAAUGCGAAAUGUUUAGAUUCAUUCCUAAAACAGCAUGCUGUGCAUUUUGGGAAAAUUGAAAGAGAUGGUACU